CUUGCCCUUUCAUACCUCUAUCCAGGCAGCCAUUACUUACUCGUCUCCAUGGCCAAGUCUAAAUCGAAACAGGAAGAGGCCCUCCAGCUCCUCGACGACCUCGAUUCCUUCACGCCUCUUCCAGAGGUAUCGUCGGCGGGUACGGCGUCGCCUGGCGCACCACCGCCCAGUGCCAAUGAAGGCGAAGCCGAGGUCCUCGCAUUCCUGGACGAAAUCACACAGAAGAGUUCAGAGCCGACACGCUCGACGACAGCGCAUCUAGAGCGUCCAUCAUCUCGUUCUGCGACUCCGACUCUCAGGAAGAGUACCGAAAGAGUUCGUCUUGGGAGUUCAGGGCUGUCUGCAAACGCGACUUCUCCUUCUCCAGCACCUGCUUCCAAACCCUCUACGCCGCCUGCAGCCAGGUCACAGGCUCAAGAGACGCCUUCUUCAACCGGUGGAUGGGGCUGGGGCUCGAUGUGGACCAGCGCUUCGGCUGCAAUUCAGCAUGCCAAGACGGCAGUCGAUGAGCAGGUCAAGCAUCUACCCAAUAAUGAGCUGGCCAAGAAAUGGGGAGAGGAUAUGCUCGAAUAUGCGAAGAGUGCUCAGCUGGACAAGCUCGGCCAGGAUUUCAAACGUGUAGGCUUGUCGACCCUCACGGAUAUUCUGAAUGCUGUGGCCCCUCCCAUCUCUGAACAUGAGAUAAUACAAGUAUGGUUGAGCCAUGACAUGACAGGCUACGAUGGAGUUGAGUCGCUUGUGUACCGUUCUCUUGCCAGAAUUAUGGAGCAAGUGGAGGGCGGGGAUCUCAUUGUUAAUAAAGGAAAUGAAUCCCGACCUAAAGAUGGCACUGUGGAAGGCCGAGAGCUUAACGCCGUAGAAGGAUAUGACGCUGCAGUGAAACUUGCACAGGCAAACCUCGAUGAGAUGAUCAAGAUGAAAGACGCGCAAAAACCCAAGUCACAGCCGUCUGCACAGACUCCCGUAUCCUAUUCAUAUGUGUACCUUCGCGUGCAACCGUUCCUCACUUCGUACCCUGUUCCUUCCAAACCAAAGUCUGAUGCGCCUUCCGCAUCCUCACCUGCGGAACCUUCUACCCAGCAACAUCUACAGUUUUUGCUCUAUUUCUCUGACCCAGCUCUCAAUUUGGUACAUACCACCAUAACACAGAGCGUCCCGGGCGCAUGGCUUACCCUCUGGGAUGAGUACGAGUGGGUUGAGGACUUGGUCGCGGAAUCACUGCGAAUUGGCGUCGAGGUUGUUGGUCAAGAAUAUGUGGUGGCUAGAAUGGGUUGGGCAGCUUUGGGCAGUAAGAAGGAUGAAACUUCGAAGGGUGCUGAUAAGACAGAGUCAAAGGAUGGCAUAGCGGAGGAGAAUACAAAUAACGAGGAAUCCUGACUAUUUGUAUGAUGUUGAAGCUUGCUAGAAUUCUCUUAUCAGUGUAAUUGUAUCCGAGCCUCUUACGAUUUGGAAUAAGGAAUAGUAUUUUAUACGUAGAGUUCUACAUCGCGUACUGGAAC